AUGGAGGUGUGCUCGAACUUCGGCUCCAUGCCUGACAUGCAGAAGGAAUCUGAUGCAGUGCUCAUGAGGGCCACUGCACAAGAGUUGAAGACGCUGAUUCCUAACCCGGCGAAGGGCGCGAUGGCAGUCGACAUCAUUCGCUGGGCCAUGAGUCAGGUCGUCUCCAACGACGCUAGACAGAGGAAGAGGUGGUCCAAGUACAAGAACUACUGGGCUCCUAAUGACCGCCGUGCCGCAGUGUACUGGGAGACGACAAUCGUGCCGCCGGCGGUCAUCGGUGGGGAGCCUAAGGAGGAGGAAGAACCGGUGCAGAUGCCAGUGAGGGCGCCGGAGCCAGGCCGUCGUACCUGGCAGAUUGACCUCGACUCCGCCGAGGACGAUGACGACCCGCCGCCCCGCAUGACGAUGGACAAGAAGAUGAAGGCCAGCCACUCGACCCGCCGCUCCGCAUGCCUCAACGGCCGCCGCGGUUAGCCAGUGUCUGUUGUGUACCCCCAAUCCCCCUUCUACUCCAUCCGCAUCUACCUCUAUUCCGAUCUUGCAUGAACUAGUAUGAACUGCCAUGCUUAUCUACCUCUAUUCCCCAUUCCCUUCUCCGUCGUGGAUCGAAUCUACCACCGGAUCGAACGCGGAAAAGUAGUGCAUGACGAACAGAAAAGUGCUUACCGCCAUU